AAUUGCAGUUCUCGCACUUCCCGUUGGCCUUGCAGAAUUGUAAACAAACGUGUGAUCGUAGUUCCACUAAGGGGCGAACCAGGCCAGUUCGUCGAGAAACUGACACGGAUCCAUGAGCUGUAAGCUUCGAGAAAGCAUUUUUGGGAGAAAAACGCCUUGUUACAACGAUUUUAGCCGAGUCAAAGCGAAGACGCGACUGGGGGACAUUAGCUGGAAUACGAGUGAUAAGCCAGCUAACGUUAGCUGGCAGUCGCUUGUACAGUCUUGAUUGCCCUCAUCAGUGGCCCAGCCUAAUUCAGGAUGGUGUAUGUUGGGGCGCAGCUGGGCGUAUCGGUGCUAGUCUUAUUCUGCACUAUGGCGCCGUCUCCUGGUCAGGCAUAUAUAUAUGCUCAUUACAGUAACAUGACCUCCAUGCUAUUUGAGGAUCUGCCUGCUCUCUUUGGCCCUACUCUGCCAAAAGAGGGACUCAUGGGUGUGCUGGUUGAAGCUCAUCCUCAAAAUGCUUGCACACCUAUAGAUCCUCCUCCUGUUUCUCCCACACCCUCCGAUCCCAACAGCACUACAAAAUACAUUGUCCUUAUUCGACGCUAUGACUGUAACUUUGAUAUCAAGGUGCUCCAUGCACAGCAGGCCGGUUUCAGUGCAGCCAUAGUUCACAACAUGUACUCUAAUUCACUUCUCAGUAUGGGAUACAGCAAUGACACCAUUGCGGAGGAGAUCGAUGUUCCUUCUGUGUUCACAAGCUACUAUGCCUCUCAGAUACUGCGCAGCUUUAUCAUACCAGAGAAAGGGUACAAAAGCUGUGAUAAUUAUGAUGUGUGUGCGAUCUGCCUUGAUGAAUAUGAAGAGGGAGAUAAGCUGAGAGUGCUGCCCUGUUCCCAUGCUUACCACUGCAGGUGUGUGGACCCCUGGCUCACCCAAACUAAGAAAACCUGCCCAGUGUGCAAGCAACGCGUGACCCGUCCCAACCCAGAAUACUCAGAGUCUUCAGAUUCCGACGGAGAGUCGGGGCCACACGAGGCUGACGAGGAAGAGGAAGGAGCGACCAGCGAGGCUGAUUCCGAGCGCACGCCUCUCCUUCGGCCCUCCAACCCCGCAUCCCCUGCCUCCUCCAGCCCGCCUCCCUCUUACGCCUCCACAGUAACGUCAGAGGCAGCCGUCGCUACAGUAACAACCUCCGCACAGUGCUUGCCGCACACACCGCAGCCUGACGUGCCCCUGCUGGGAUACGAUGAGUACUACUCCCCCAUAGAGGACUCGGAUGAAGGUACGGAUGAGGAGGAGGGUCACCCCUCAGAUAGCGAUACAACAGAGCUUAUCGGACGGGGUGCUGUGCAUGUCUGAGGGGUCGAUUAAAAACAGCUUUGGUUGUUAUAGGGUGUGUUUUCUCUGUUGUAUAUCACAGAGCUCAUAAUUGAGAUAUGCAUCCACCUAGCUAGUGCGAUCAACACUACACAGCAGUUUUUCUUUUCUUCCCUAAAAUUUGGUCUGUGUCCAAAUAGAAGUUAAAAGUAACUUUUUUUGUUAAGUGAAUGAAACUUUCUUAAAAGUUUAGUUCACCCCAAAAUGAAAAUUCUGUCAUUAAUUACUCACCCUCAUGUCAUUCCAA